AUCGUUGGCCGUUUUAUUAUCUCCGGCGAGAAGAGAGAGAGAAGGAAGUUUAAAUCGGAAUCGUCUUGGUUCCUCGUUUCUUCUUCGAUCUUUCUUUUCCAAGUCAGGCUUAUAAAAAAUGGCUGAGGCUGAUGACAUUCAACCAAUCGUCUGUGACAAUGGUACGGGAAUGGUCAAGGCUGGUUUCGCCGGUGAUGAUGCUCCCAGGGCUGUUUUCCCUAGUGUUGUUGGUAGGCCAAGACAUCACGGUGUCAUGGUUGGGAUGAACCAGAAGGAUGCCUACGUUGGUGACGAAGCACAGUCCAAGAGAGGUAUUCUCACCUUGAAAUACCCUAUUGAGCAUGGUGUUGUGAGCAACUGGGAUGACAUGGAGAAGAUCUGGCAUCACACUUUCUACAACGAGCUCCGUAUUGCUCCUGAGGAGCACCCGGUUCUUCUUACCGAGGCUCCUCUUAACCCAAAGGCCAACAGAGAGAAGAUGACCCAGAUCAUGUUCGAAACCUUCAACUCUCCAGCUAUGUAUGUCGCCAUCCAAGCUGUUCUCUCCCUUUACGCCAGUGGUCGUACUACCGGUAUCGUGUUGGAUUCUGGUGAUGGUGUGUCUCACACUGUGCCAAUCUACGAGGGGUUCUCUCUACCACACGCCAUCCUCCGUCUCGACCUUGCUGGUCGUGACCUUACUGACUAUCUCAUGAAGAUCCUUACCGAGAGAGGUUACAUGUUCACCACAACAGCCGAGCGGGAAAUUGUAAGAGACAUCAAGGAGAAGCUCUCCUUCGUCGCUGUCGACUACGAGCAGGAGAUGGAGACCUCCAAAACCAGCUCCUCCAUCGAGAAGAACUACGAAUUACCCGACGGACAAGUGAUCACCAUCGGUGCUGAGAGAUUCAGGUGUCCGGAGGUCUUGUUCCAGCCAUCGUUCGUGGGAAUGGAAGCUGCAGGAAUCCACGAGACAACGUACAACUCCAUCAUGAAGUGUGACGUGGACAUCAGGAAGGACUUGUAUGGUAACAUUGUGCUCAGUGGUGGAACAACUAUGUUCUCGGGGAUUGCAGACCGUAUGAGCAAAGAGAUCACAGCACUUGCACCAAGCAGCAUGAAGAUUAAGGUCGUUGCACCUCCCGAGAGGAAGUACAGUGUCUGGAUCGGUGGUUCCAUUCUUGCUUCCCUCAGCACAUUCCAGCAGAUGUGGAUCUCCAAGGCUGAGUAUGAUGAAGCAGGUCCAGGAAUUGUUCACAGAAAAUGCUUCUAAGCUGUCUCAGGGAGAAAGGCUCCAAGCUGGGUUUUAUAAAAAAAUUAUAUUUGCUUUCUCCAUUUGUUUGUUUCAUUUCCCUUUGAUUUCGUUUAUGUGUGUGAUAAACUCUCUGGGUUUUACAUUACGUCUGUGUUUCAAGAAACCUUUGCGUUUUAGUCGCUUGUUUUGUAGCCCUGAGUGAUCGAAUUGAUAUAUGCCUCUUUAUUCCUUAUUUUUCCAUAAUUUCUUUCAAAAACUGGGAAGAAAGAACCUUUGCAUUGUUAAUAACUUAAUAUAACGAUUGUAUCAGAUGAUAUUUUUAUUGA